AAUCCCAGUUGUCAUCCUUAACAUGGGCUUCACAAGCGUCCUGGAGCAUAUCAAGGAUUGGACAGUGACACAUGUGCGCACAUUGUGGUGGGGUACUACGCCCAAGUCCAGCGAUCAUGACGAUGGUUCACAACCCAAGACGGAACAUAGGAGCUUUCCCAAUUUGGGUGAGGAUGUACAUCAGGUGCUGCAGACUCCAGAGUUUGAGCAUGUGCUCAAUUCGGUAUCACCGUUUUUGCUGGCCAGCUUGGGCGCCUGGCCAGGCUAUUGGCUAUACAGAGGCUUUGACUAUCACGCCCAUAGAGCACAUGUGCCCCUGCCCAUCUACAUCAGACAGACAUUUUAUCAGGCCAAGCUGGUACAGUUUGCCAUUAUUGCAGCGGGCAUUAUAAGCUUUCUGCAAAGCCAACAUUCCGAGCACAUUGAGUCCAUUAAAAAUAAACAGCUGUGAGUUAAAAGCUACGAGAUGAAAUUUGGCAAUAGUUACAUAGGCACUACAAUGUUUGUUUAAUAAAUUAAAUAUUUAUUCUUA